AUGCGCGUCGGGAGGGUUUCGCUGCUCGCCCUUGCCGCUCUUGCGGCUUUUCUACCGUUUGUUUUGGGACAAGACUGCACAACCACCGUCUCCACAGCGGCCGACUUGGACCAGGCACUGCGCGGUUUUACGACCGAUGUCGUCGUGUGCAUCCAGCCAGGAACAUACGCACUCAACAACCCUAUGAUCUAUGUCAGCAGGACAGUUCGCGGUUUGGGAGCAGGCCCUGGGGAUGUAGUCAUCACUCCAUAUUAUGCUGGCAACGGCAACGUACUUAACGUGAAUUCCAUGCAGCCUGUCACUUUGAGCAAUUUCCGACUGUCCGGCGGUGAAACUGGCCUGGUUGUGACGAAUGCCGCUAAUGUAAUCAUCUCAGACCUCAUUGUGGACUCGAACACGCAAACUUCAUCCGGACAAGCCGCUGGCAUCCACCUUGGCAGCAGCGUCACAAUCAGUAUUACGGACUCUAUCAUUUCCAGCAAUGCCGCUUAUGAAUAUGGCGGUGGCAUGAUUGUGGCCGGUGCAAGCAACGUUCAACUCACGAACGUGACUUUCGUCGGCAACUCGGGAGAUCUAAGUUCGAGUUUUUCAGAAGGGUAUGGUGGCGCGAUCGCUAUUUCCGGAAGUGACAGCACGUUUAUUAAUAACACGGCCGAAAAUGGAGGUGCCAUUGGCAUCACGGAGCAUAUGACCGGCGUCCAGGUGGCUAUCUCCAAGUCCACGUUCUCAGGCAAUAUUGCCGAAGACAGUGGUCACGCCUUUUUUUCUGACAGCCAGACUACUACACUUGUGAUUUAUCAAAGCACGUUUACCGGCAAUGUCGACACCGAGAAUGUUGCCGACACUGCGAGCAUUUGGCUUUCUACAACUGGCUUUGCGAGAGUGUUGAUCUAUAACAUGAUAUCUUCCGGCCAGAAUUUCACAACACCGCGCAACUGGGACAUUGAUAUCGAGUCCGCGUCCGGAUUGGCUCUGUGGACUACGAGCGACGCCGCGCGCCUCACCACGCCCUCCACUUUCAAGUCUGCCGACUCGGCUCCGGGCAUUUUCUGUCCGUAUGCCACCGCUCAAGGAGCGACAACUUGGAUGAUUAGUGUCAUUGACGAGUGCACGUUUGCUUCGCGAACGUCCGUUGCCACCAUUUCGGCGUCGCGUGCUUCCAUUUCUCUCGCCUCCGCCAGUUCAGUGUCGCAAGCUUCAGCUGAUUCUGUCGCCUCCUUCAUGUCCAAGGUGUCAUUUACAUCCGCUGUGUCGGCAUCCUCUGCCUCUGCACGAUCUGCAGUGUCGGCCGCGUCGGUGCAAUCCUCCCUCUCCAUUGUUUCUGCGAAAUCGGCAACGUCAGCCGCUACGGUUUCUGCCCGAUCAGUAACAUCUGCCGCUUCGAUUUCUGUGCAGUCGGCAUUGUCCGCAGCAUCGAUGGAAUCCUCCCUCUCCAUUGCUUCUGCGAAAUCGGCAACGUCAGCCGCUACGGUUUCUGCGAAAUCGGCAACAUCUGCCGCAACGGCUUCUGCGAAAUCGGCUUUGUCCGCAGCAUCAAUGGAGUCCUCCGCUUCCAAGGCUUCAGUUGCUUCGGCAACAUCAGCCGCUACGGUUUCUGUAAAAUCGGCAACAUCAGCUGCUACUGUUUCUGCGAAAUCGGCUUUGUCCGCAGCAUCGAUGGAGUCCUCCGCUUCCAGGGCGUCGGUGAUUGCGGCAACAUCAGCCGCUACGGUUUCUGUGAAAUCAGCAACAUCAGCUGCUACUGUUUCUGCACAAUCGGCAGCAUCCGUAGCAUCGAUGGAAUCCUCCGCUUCCAGGGCGUCAGUGAUUGCGGCAACAUCAGCCGCUACGGUUUCUGUGAAAUCGGCAACAUCCGCUGCUACUGUUUCUGCGAACUCUGCAGCAUCCGUAGCAUCGAUGGACUCCUCCGCUUCCAGAGCGUCAGUUAUUGCUGCAACGUCAGCCGCUACGGUUUCUGCAAAAUCGGCAGCAUCUGUUGCAUCGGUAGGACAGGGAUCAAGUGCCAGCGUCGCAUCCAUUGCUUCAGUGUCGUCCGCAUCUGCCGCCUCUGUCACAUCUGCCCUCUCUGCUACAUCGGCUGCAUCAGUUGCCAGUAUCGAAUCCGUUGCUUCAGCGUCAUCCGCUUCUGCCGCCUCUGUCACAUCUGCACAGUCAGCUACGUCGGCCGCAUCAAUUGCCAGUGUCGCAUCUGUUGCUUCAGUGUCAUCCGCUUCUGCCGCAUCUGCCACCUCUGCUCAGUCGGCCGCUUCGGUCCAAUCCAGCGAAUCAGUUGCAUCCGUUUCUUCUCUGUCCUCUGCUUCUGCGGCCUCCGCCAUCUCUGCCGAGUCAGUCGCUUCGGUCCAAUCCAGCGCAUCAGUGGCAUCCGUUUCCUCCCUGUCCUCCGCAUCGGCAGCCUCUGCCACUUCUGCUCAGUCAGUCGCGUCGGUCCAAUCCAGCGAAUCGGUCGCGUCGGUUGCUUCCCUGUCCUCCGCGUCUGCGGCUUCUGCAACGUCUGCACUGUCCGCAGCAUCUGUCCAAUCCAGUGCAAGUGUUGUUUCCGCAUCGUCGGUCUCCGCAUUGUCGGCCACAUCCGCACUGUCCGCAGCAUCGGUUCAAUCCAGUGCAAGCGUUGUUUCCGCAUCAUCGGCAUCCGCGUUGUCGGCCACCUCUGCUCUGUCGGCCGCAUCGGUCGAGUCAGUCGCAUCUGUUGCAUCACUGUCCUCUGUAUCGGCGGCCUCGGCCACAUCUGUGCAGUCUUCAGCAUCGGUUGCCUCCAGGGCAAGCGUUGCUUCUGUAUCCUCUGCUUCCGCUGUAUCCGCUUCAAUUGCAUCGGCGUCCUUGGUCCCGAUAUCGAUCGAAUCUGCAUCUGUGAAAUCUGUCUCGUCCGUUUCAGUCGCCUCGGUUCGAUCGAUUGCUUCUGUAUCUGCCGCUUCCGUUGCUUCGUUGCAACCGACCUCACAGCCGCCGAGCAGUUCUGCAGCAGUGGCUCCCAUUAUUGGCGGAGCUGUUGGAGCAAUCAUCGUCCUCGUCGUUCUCGUUGUGCUUGUGGUGGUCCUGCGCCGGCGCAAGCGCAAGACUCUGUCAACGUCCGCUGCCUGGCACACGCAAAUGCAGCUGAAUCCGCUUGCGCUCUCUCACGCACACCCAGCCAACCCGACUUACGACGUUCUCAAUGGGCAACAUGGGUCGGAUGUCCAGCUCUACGACCAGCUGACGGGAGUCCCAGUCGCCCCUCACGUUUCGAACAAAGCCAUCGAGGCCGGUCUGUACGAAAGCCUGAAUUCUUCGGACCCGACGUAUGCCGAUCCGAGUAUCGCUCGACAGCCUUUGCACCCCGGCACCGUGAUUGCCAACCCGCUGUUCGACAGCGAGUACGAUCAUCUGAACACGCCGGCCGACCAGCCACAACAACCCAGCGACACGUACGCCCAGCCAAACCCGACACUGACUGCCUAUACCACCGUGGGUGCCGCCUGGCGCGAGUCCCAAGUCGCCGCCCCGAUCGAGUAUGCGAAUUCCCACCAGCCCCAGUAUGCUGACCUGAGUCUUGACCAGCAGCCGUGAGUUACAAUCCCG